UUGAUCAUAGCUACUGCCGUACGAAGACACAAGAAAAAUAAAACGCAAAAAUUAAUCAAUGGCUUUAUUUUUACAGAUGUACCACAAUUCGUUACUUCAAGGUUAGGCCGACCACAGCUGCGUUUAAAAGGGUACCGCUUCUGCGAGAGUUCGUCCUUCGGCCCAAAGGUGAACUGGCGGUGUACACGACAGCCACGCGGUUGCCGCGCUCGCAUCACCACUGUGGACAACUGCAUUGUGCGCCAAGAAGACAAUCAUAAUCAUUGA